AUGACUCUUGAUGCCAAAUAUUUUAGAAGAUCAGCAGCAGCAGUUCACUCUGUUCUCAAGCAUUCAUCUUGCCCAGAAAAUGUUUAUUUCCAUUUUGUGGCUUCGAAAAAUAAGGAUUUUCAAGACCUGAGAAAGAUGAAAUUGAUAUCAUCUUCGAUUCGUCAAGCUCUAGUUAAUCCAUUGAACUAUGCUAGGACUUAUUUAGCUGAGAUCAUCCAGCCCUGUGUUGAAAGGGUAAUUUAUCUUGAUUCUGAUGUUGUUUUGGUUGAUGACAUCCAAAAGUUAUGGUCAAUUUCUUUAACUGGUUCAAAAAUUAUUGGAGCUCCAGAGUACUGUGAAGCAAAUUUCAGAACAUACCUAGUUCGAAAACUAGGAUGCAAAGAUGUUCUUCAAAAAAUUCUCCUCCAUAUGGUGAAUUGA